AUGAAACCCCCGGUUGUGGGGUUCUUAGAUGAAGAUUAUGCGAGAGUGUCCCUUCCCCAUAUUGAUGCCCUGGUCAUUAUGUUGCAAGUGGCCAACCACAUUAUCCACCGGAUAUUUGUGGAUAACAGAAGUUCAACCGACAUCCUGUAUUGGUCGGCAUUCACUCAUAUGGACAUAAGUCGAGAUAAGAUUGUCCCAUCCAGAUAUCCUUUGAUGGGCUUCGCAAGGGAGCAAGUUCAACCAGUUAGCUCUAUUGAACUCCCGGUAACAACAGGGGACCACUCGAGACAAAAGACUAUAAUGGUCAAGUUCCGGGUGAUAGGCCAUCCCUCGGCCUACAACGCAAUCCUUGGAAGGACGGCUCUCAACAAGCUAAAAGCAGUCACCUCCACGUCGCAUCUGAAUAUGAAGUUUUUGAAUGAGCACGAAGUCGGGAAAGUCAAAGGGAGACCAAUGGAUGUGUUCGCCUGGAGCCUUGAAGAUAUGCUGGGCAUUGAUCCCUCAGUAUUGACUCACAGGCUAAAUGUUAAUCCGAGUCACCGGCCAAUCAAACAGAAGAGGAGAAGUUUCACUCCCGACAAGAAUGAGGCAAUGUCAAAAGAAGUAGAAAAGCUCCUGCAAGCUGGGUUCAUUCGAGAAGUCGAUUAUCCUGACUAG